GCAUGUUUCUGUGAAGGCAUGACUGUCCGCAAUAUCCUCAUGGCCAUGAGACGUCAGGGACUGGUGGGCGAGUUCCUUCUCAUCGGCAGUGAUCUGCGCUGUGUAACUAAAUCAUGGUAGCCAGCAUCAUUUUUGUUGUUGUGGCCACCAUGAUGCUCAUUAUCAUCAUCAUGCUCAUCUUACUCAUCAUCAUCUUCAUCUACACCAUCAUCAUCAUCAUCACUCUGCUGAGACUGAGUGAUGGAUGGGCGGACCGGUAUGAUGUGACAGACGGCUAUGUGAGGGAAGCGGCCGGUGGUAUAACCAUCAAGCUCCAGUCUGCUGACGUCAAAUGGUUCGAUGAUUACUACCUUAAACUUCGUCCGGACAACAAUCACAGGAACCCCUGGUUCACAGAAUUUUGGCAGCAUCGUUUCCACUGUCGACUGAAGGGCCACCCACAGGAGAGCAACAAGUACAACCGCACCUGUAGCAAGCGAGAGUCGCUUCGACAACAGUAUGCACAGGACACUAAGAUGGGGUUUGUCAUUAAUGCCAUCUACUCUAUGGCAUAUGGCCUGCAUAACAUGCAACGGGCACUCUGCCCAGACUAUCAGGGCCUGUGUGAUGCCAUGCGGCCUAUAGAUGGUGCUACACUGUUGGACUUCCUGAUGAAAACCAACUUCACAGGCGUGUCUGGGGAGGGAAUCCUCUUUGAUGAAAAUGGAGACUCACCUGGCAGGUAUGAAAUAAUGAACUUCAAGAAGAUGGGGAAGGACUACUAUGACUACAUUAAUGUGGGCAGUUGGGACAACAGAGGCUUGAAGAUAGAUGAUGAUGAAAUCUGGCCUAACAAAGACGCCAUCAUCAAGUCCGUCUGCAGUGAACCUUGUGCCAAAGGCCAGAUUAAGGUGAUCCGUAAAGGUGAGGUGAGCUGCUGCUGGACGUGUACUCCCUGUAAAGAAAAUGAGAUUGUUUUUGAUGAGUAUACCUGCCGAGCCUGUGACCUGGGCUCCUGGCCUACUGAUGACCUGACAGGCUGUGACCCAAUCCCAGUGGAGUACCUGCGGUGGGGAGACCCUGAACCCAUUGCUGCAGUGGUUUUUGCCUGCCUUGGGCUCAUGGCCACAUUCUUUGUCACUGCAGUCUUCAUCAGGUUCCGGGACACCCCAGUAGUGAAAUCUUCCAGUAGGGAGCUGUGCUACAUAAUACUGGCAGGGAUCUGCCUGGGGUACCUGUGUACAUUCAGCCUGAUAGCCAAACCCCAUGUCAUCCACUGCUACCUCCAACGACUGGGAAUCGGCCUGUCACCUGCCAUGAGUUACUCUGCGCUUGUCACCAAGACAAACCGCAUCGCACGGAUCCUGGCAGGCAGCAAGAAGAAGAUCUGUACAAAGAAGCCUCGCUUUAUGUCUGCCUGCGCUCAGCUCAUCAUUGCCUUCCUUCUCAUACUGCUACAGCUUGGUAUAAUCGUGGCUCUCUUCCUCAUGGAGCCUCCAGAGGUGAUCCAUGACUACCCCAGCAUCCGCCAGGUCAACCUCAUUUGCCACACCACUAACCUGGGCGUAGUUGCCCCACUGGGGUACAAUGGCCUGCUCAUCCUCAGCUGCACUUUCUAUGCCUUCAAGACCCGCAACGUCCCGGCUAAUUUCAAUGAGGCUAAGUACAUUGCCUUUACCAUGUACACCACCUGCAUUAUCUGGCUGGCAUUUGUACCCAUCUACUUUGGCUCCAACUACAAAAUUAUCACCAUGUGCUUCAGUGUCAGCCUCAGUGCCACUGUGGCCCUUUGCUGUAUGUUCGUACCCAAGGUGUACAUCAUUCUGGCCAAACCAGAGCGUAACGUGCGCAGUGCCUUUACCACUAGCACAGUGGUGCGCAUGCACGUGGGUGACGGCAAAUCGUCCUCAGCUGCCAGCCGUUCUUCUAGUCUGGUGAACCUGUGGAAACGCAGAGGCUCUACUGGAGAGACACUCAGCUCCAACGGGAAGUCAGUGUCUUGGGCGCAGACAGAGCGCAGCGGUUCACGUGGCAACCACCUGUGGCAGCGGCUGUCCUUCCACAUCAAAAAGAAGGAGAACAACCAGACUGCUGUCAUCAAGCCCUUCUCCAAAACCUCUGAGGAACGUUACUGCGGAGGGGGGGACCUGCCCCCACACGUCCCUCUGCCCUCCCUCCCCUCCAUGUCCUCCCUGCCCUCUCAUCAUGACACCGGCACUGACAAGACCCUGUAUGAGCUCUCUGAAGCAGAGGAGCGGUACUCCAUCACAUACCGGCCGCAGACACCCUCCCCAAUCAGCACGGUGAGCCAGAGACUAGGGGCAGGUUUAGGGGUGGAGCCACAGAUGACCGGUAUGCCGAUGUACCCAAGCAGCAUCUGCAGCGGCGGCAGCGGAAGCAGUUGUGGUCCCGCCAGCAGUGGCUCUGUCGUUACUGGGAGUGACGGUCGCUUGAUUGUUGUGGAUGAUCACCCGGGAGAGUGCCAAAGCUCACUGAUGGACCAGAUCAGUUGUGUGGUAAACCGUUUCACCGCCAAUAUCACUGAGCUCAACAGCAUGAUGCUGUCGUCCUCUCCGACGCACUCGCUCACACACAAACACACACCUCCUUCGCCGCACCCCACCGACCCGUAUCUGUUACCCCGUGAAAUCCAAAUGCCUUCAACCCUCACCACCUACGCUGACGUGCAGCCCCUCCCCCUGGUCGAGUCAAGCUUGGCAAACCGAGGUGGCUGUCUCGCUCACCCUAUCCCUCCUCAUUCACCUUACCCUCUGCCGCCUCCUCACCCCCAGACCUCCCCCUCUAUCUCCCCCAUGCGAGGAGGCCUGGUCAGCUGCCUCACCGACUCCCCACUGAGGAGGGCGGAUUUGGAAGAUGAGCUUAUUGCUUUGACUCCCCCAUCGCCCUUCCGCGACUCUCUGGCGUCCAGCAGUGGCUCACCUGUCUCAGAGACAGGUCUGUGUCUACCCCCAGUUCCUUCCCAUCCUCCCCCAUCCCCUCCUUCGCCCAGGUACAGCAGACUGACACUCAGAAACUACAGUCAGAGUUCCUCCUCGCUGUGAGGCAGAGAAGUGAAGAGAAAUACACAGGUCAGUAUGAGAAGAGAGGAUGGAUAGACUGAAAUCCAUUCGUUCCUAUAUGGAGUAAAAAAACUGUCAAAAACAGAGGACUGGUUCGUGAAGACACCAAACGGCAACAGUGUGCUGUGUUUGUGUUUACAUGUUUGCAGUGAGAUGCAAGUGUAAGGAGCUUGCCCACAUCAUAUUUUCUUAGUGCUGUCCUUCACAAGUGAGGAGAAAAGCAAAAACGGCCACUACAGCUUUCCAGUGUUUUGGUGUCUGUAAAGCCACAAAUCGUUCUCGAAGGUCUAGAGCUAUGUUUUAGGUUUGGGUAGUGGCCUUAAGGUAACACGGCUAUCAACUAAUUAGAGAUUGUGAAUGUGUGUGUGUGUGUGUGUGUGUGUGUGUGUGUGUGUGUGUGUGUGUGUGUGUGUGUGUGUGUGUGUGUGUGCGUGCGUGUGCGUGUGUGCGUGCGUGUGCGUGUGUGUGUGUGUGCGUGUUUUUGCUGUAUCUUAGUUGAGGAGAGGUAAAGCAAGAGAUGGGACUGAGGACUAAGUAAAGGCUAUCAAGGGCACAUACAUAUUUUCUCAUACACACACAGACAGUCACACACACACACACACACACACACACACACACACAAACACAUACAGUAUGUGUGAGCACACACAUAAAAGGGAUAAACUGUAAAUAUAUGAGAGGUUAUGGAUUUUUUCUUUGGUGAUAAAAUCCAACAUGCUUCUGACAAAAGUGCAUUGUGUUAACAUACCAGCCAGUAUGUUACUCUGAAGAAAUUCUCUCACAAAAGCAUCUUUUUAUUCAUUUAGCUCUCCAACAUGUUCCCUCAAUAUAGCAUUUCUUUUCCUCGGUCCCUCUUUCUCUAGCUGUUUUCUUUGAUCCUGUCAGUAUUUCAGUAUUUUCUACUCUUCCAGUUUGUUUUCUUCAGAAGUUUGAAUGUAUAUUUUCUACAUGAUUCCUGAAACAUUUGGGACCAAACCUUUUGUACCUCUCUGUCCAUGACUGGAGAAAGAGGGAGAGGAGGGAUUAACAAGACCAGGCCUUGUUUGACCAUAAACAUCUUAGUCAUUAAAUCUUUUUCAGGUCGAUUAUUGGCAGAAA